AUGUCCUCUGCUCAUGAUGCCACCAACAAGAUCUCCAUUGACAAGUUCGACGGCGACAACUACGCGACGUGGAGCCGCUACAUGCGUGGCGUGUUCCUGACCAAGUCGGCGUGGCACGUGGUGAACCGGGAGACCACCCCCACCUUCGCCGAUCCUCGCGCCAGUGACGACUACGUCAAGACGAACAACAUUGCGUUCGGCUUGAUGCUGCUGCACAUGAGCGCGGAUUAUCAUCACGUGGUUGAUGACUGUGAAGAGGCGUGGGUCGCGUGGGCGCGUUUGAAGACGCUGUACGGCGGGUCGCAGAAGGCUGGACGCAUCUACUUGAACCGCCAGCUGUUCAGCAUGGAGAUAGCGGAAGGCGGCAAUGUGAUGCAUCAUUGCAACGAAGUCCUCAACAUCAGCGCGAAGCUCAGCAGCAUCGGCGCCAAGAUGGAGGACGAGGACGUGGCGAUCUGCUUGUUGCGCAGCCUCCCCAAGAGUUUCGAGAACGCGGUUCUCAACUUGGAGAUGAGCAGCGCGGAACUGCAAUCGCGAGACGUCGUGAGAGUGCUCACGAAUGAGCACAUCAAGAGGCAAGGUGACAAGACUACAUCGGUGAAGACUGAAGACGCAGCGAAGGCGUUCAGUGCCGAGCGUGAACCUCGCCAGUGUACAUACUGCGGAAAAUUGGGGCACACGGCGGAGCGGUGCUGGACCAAGCAGAAGGACGAAAAUCAAGGUGGAGCUCGACGCGGCGGCAACAAUGCUCGUGGACGCGGAGCCAACAACGUUCAGUGGCGAAACAACAACAACAACGACGAUAACUACGAUCGAGUUGCGUUCGCGGUUUCGCUGGAGGCUGGACUUUCGAUGGGCAAGAAUAUGCCAAGGAUGUGGGCAGUCGACAGCGGUGCGACGCAUCACAUCUGCAACGACAAGGCCAAGUUUGCAAGCCUGAAUGAGCGAGAGGAAGGAGAACUAUCAGUGAGUGGCUGA